AUGCCAACUUUCCACGUCCUCGACGCUGUGCUGAAGCUCUUCCCGUUGGACUCGUUCGACCAGUUUCAGGCCACAGUCAUGAAACAAGUGCACUCGAGCGAUGACGCGCCGAUUGUCCAGGAGUUUCAAUCGAUGCUGAACCACGCGUACCAGACCGUCGACGGGUCGUCCAAACCUGCUUCAAUUGCACGGGUCGAUCGAUUUGGAUUCUACGACAGAUCCAAGACAGUGUACGCCAUCGUGUCCACGGGAGAAUCUCGUCUGUACGGCAAUAUCAUCAUCAAGAAGGGGGUGAUCGAUGGGACCGGCAAGACUGUCCUCGUCUAG